AUGCCUCGGUAUUUGCGGAAGAGCAUCAUGCAGAAAUUCUACACCGAUCGCCGGUCGAAGAUUAUUGGUGAAUUACGCGCUCGCAAAGGUGGCAUUGAAAAAACAGACUCUACGGACACUCUUUCGGAAAGACAACGACAUCGACGACAGCAAGCCAUGACAUCCGCCAGGAGAAGUAGUGGGGAGCAACCGAUUGUGUCCCCAACACAUAAGAUUCCGAUAGGUCGCGGAGGCGCGGGAAAUAUGAUCGCGCCAGAAGAGAUCAAAGAAGAGUUGGAGAAGGCUUCGAGCAAUGAAGAGUAUGACGGCUUGCUUGAAGCAUAUCUCUUCCGCAGUGGUAGGGACAUUCGUCUAACAGACAAUUUUCUAGCUCUGGCAGAACACAAUCGCCGCAGAUCAAGCAGUAAUUGGUCACUGCAUUCAAGCAAUAAUGGCGAGACGUCAAAGACAGAUGCCAUCAAAGACUUCUUUAGAAGAGGAAGUCGGAGCAAGCGGAAGAGUCUGAAUCAAGAUGAGAUUGAGGAAAGAAGGGAAAUAGAAGAUAAGGGAGCGGUUAAAGGAUGA